AUAAGCUGGCUUUCUGCUCGCUCCUCUGAAAAUGCAGCGGCUGCUGACUCCCGCGAAGCGGGUCUUGCAGGUGAGGAGAGCGACGCAGGAAUUGCUGGUCACGCCUGCUCGCCUUCUCCCCGAAGCCCACCAAAGGUUUUCUACCAUCCCUGCUGUCCCCUUGGCCAAAAGGGAUACUUGGCCAAAGGACGUGGGCAUCCUUGCCCUGGAGGUGUAUUUCCCAGCCCAGUAUGUGGACCAAGCAGACCUGGAGAAGUAUUACAACGUGCAAGCAGGGAGGUUCACAGUGGGCUUGGGCCAAACCCACAUGGGCUUCUGCUCCGUCAAGGAGGACAUCAACUCCCUGUGCCUGACGGUGCUGCAGCGGCUGAUGGAACGCACGAAGAUCCCGUGGGACGCUGUGGGCCGGCUGGAGGUGGGCACCGAGACCAUCAUCGACAAGUCCAAGGCUGUCAAAACAGUGCUCAUGGAGCUCUUCCAGGACUCAGGCAACACUGACAUUGAGGGCAUCGACACCACCAAUGCCUGCUACGGUGGCACUGCCUCCCUCUUCAACGCUGCCAACUGGAUGGAGUCCAGCUCCUGGGAUGGUCGCUAUGCAGUGGUGGUCUGCGGAGACAUCGCGGUGUAUUCCAAUAGUACUCUUCGCCCCUCAGGAGGGGCUGGAGCCGUGGCAAUGCUGAUUGGGCCCCAGGCCCCUCUGGCCCUUGAGAGAGGGCUUCGGGGAACCCACAUGGAGAACGUAUAUGAUUUCUACAAACCAGAUGGGUCUACGGAGUACCCAAUGGUGGAUGGGCAGUUCUCCAUCCAGUGCUACAUACGGGCCUUGGACCAAUGUUACAAAGUAUACCGUCAGAAAAUUCAGAACCAGUGGAAACAAGCUGGCGUCGACCGCACUUUCACUCUCGAUGACUUACAGUUCAUGGUCUUCCACACGCCGUUCUGCAGGAUGGCCCAGAAAUCCCUGGCUCGCCUGAUGUUCCAUGACUUCCUGUCCGCCAGCAGUGACGCCCAGAGCAGCCGCUACAAGGGGCUGGAGGCCCUCAAGGGCCUGAAGCUGGAAGACACCUACACGAACAAGGACGUGGAGAAGGCCCUCAUGAAGGCCUCUCUGGACGCGUUCAACAAGAAGAGCAAGGCCUCUCUUUACCUGUCCACGCACAACGGGAACAUGUACACCUCGUCCCUCUACGGGUGCCUGGCCUCACUUCUGUCCCAGCACUCUGCCCAGGACCUGGCCGGCUCCAGGAUCGGCGCCUAUUCCUACGGCUCUGGCUUGGCAGCAAGUUUUUUUUCAUUUCGCGCAUCCCAGGACGCGUCUCCAGGCUCCCCCCUGGAGCAGCUGGUGUCCAGCAUGGCAGACCUGCCCACACGCCUCGCCGCCCGGCGGCGCAUCUCUGCGGAGGAGUUCACGGAGAUCAUGGAACAGAGGGAACACUUCUACCACAAGGUGAAUUUCUCACCCCCUGGUGAUACAAGCAGCCUUUUCCCCGGCACCUGGUACCUGGAGAGAGUGGACGAGCUGCACCGCCGAAAGUAUGCCCGGUGUCCGGUCUGAAGGUGCUCCAUGGAUGGCUCCUGGGAAAAGAGAUGUUAGCAGAGCCUUUGCCCACAAAUCAAGUAAAAAACAAACCCACUCUUCGCUGGUAAAUAGAUUGGCUUGGACACACUAGCCCGUAAACACUGGCCCCGCAGAGAGACCGCCACCCUCAUGCAUGAGGGUCCUUCAUGCAUUUCCUGCAGCGGUCACUGUCAUGGGCUUGUGGCCGUGGGCCAGGGGCCCUCUGUGAGAA